CUAAGCAAAAAGCUUCUUCUGUACUGUUCUCAAUUAACAAAGAUUCGAUGGCUUUUUCUUCUUCUUCUUCUUAUGUUCGUUUGUUUGCAACUGCUUCACUCUUUGUGAUGCUCCUCAUGGCCUCUGAGAAGGGAAUAAUGGCUGCGAGUCCCACACCAUGCUUGUCCCAGUUCAACGGCCAGUGUGGUCAACUUUCGAAUAGCAACUGCAAUACAUUUUGCAAGUCUAAGGGGUUCGCCAAUGGGACCUGCAACUUCGCCCGCAACAUCUGCUCCUGCACCAAGCCUCGGCCUUGCUAAAUACCUUAUUAUAUAAUAAUAAUAAUAAUAAUAAUAAUAAUAAUAAUAAUAAUAAUAUUGCUUCCUUCAACGUCAGUGUUACGUUUA